AUAAACAAUACCAUAUUAGACAUAUUUUUUUUUGCUUUUACUUUUUGCUUCUUUAUUGAGUCGCAUCUGUGAAAUCAUGCUAAUGUCGAAUAUGUCCAAUGGCAGCCCAGUGAAUGGCGCCGUGGGUUUCAACUCGAAAGCUAAUCGGUCAUCGUCUCGUCCAUUCUCAGUCUAUGAAGCCCAUUUACCUGAAUGGCGUCGGGUGAUUCAAACGUAUACUGUGGAAAAACGAGGCAAGUCAGCCACAGGAGUCAUUAUUUUCGUACUUUUCCUUUGACCUUGUUUUCAAACCAACCCUCUAGACCUUCAAAAGCAGAUAACCGACCAGUUGCAGAGGCUGCAAGACUUGGAGGAACAGUUUGAGCGUAUGACGAAAGAGUUUCAUGGCAAAGUGGAGAGAGCGUAUAUACAAAUGUCCAAGGAACAGGAACAGGGCGAACAGGCACUGAGAGAAGAUGAAAAUACAUACCAGCGAGAGAAACAGCUGAUUUAUCAAGUGAAAAAGCAUCAGUCAGAAAAGGUUCGAUUGAACGUUGGUGGACAAUACUUUGAAACUUCUCUAUCGACUUUGAGACGUGAUCCAAACUCGAUGCUGGCGGCCAUGUUCAGUGAAUCCCGCACAUUAGUGCCUGAUGUCGACGGAUCGUAUUUCAUCGAUCGAGACAGUACCUAUUUCCGCCUGGUGCUUAAUUAUCUACGGGAUUUAAAGAUACCGGCGAGUGUGAAGGAAGAUCCAAAAAUUCUUGACGAGUUGAUGCAGGAAGCCAGGUUUUAUCGCCUUAAUGACCUGCUAAAAACACGAUGGAUGGACCUUCCCAAAAUUUCACAAGAGGAGUUGAAUGCUUAUUAUCACCGUCAGGAAUCGCUGGAUAAAUCGCAAAACGUUAUUUUCCGAUUUGAGAAAAAGGAUCUUUCAGGGCUCGAUUUCUCGAAUUUUCGCAUUGAUCCUCGAUCAAGUUUUGCUGACAGCAACCUGGAGAAUGCUACAUUUGUUAAUGCGGUAUUCAGUUUUGACUUUGAACACCAGACAAAUUUUCGGAACGCUUAUCUGGUGAAUACACGAUUCCCUGAACCGGGAAGUUCUCAGCGGGCCCCAGGGAUCGAGUUUGAUCUAGAAGGAGCGUUUUUAUGAGCCAAAAGACGUGCUCAGAUACCUUGUCCAGGUUCCAGAUAACAUGGUCAUUGAUUUUUGUGGAAAAGAUUAAAAAGAUUAUUUGUAUCAAUCCUUCAUCUCAGAUGUUGAGCUGUUAGAUUCUCUCAAUUCACUGUAAUACAGUAUGGGCGAUAUUUAGUAGGCACGCAAACAAGACUUGAUUUUUUGAACAGUGACGAAUAUAUCAGAGUUGACAUGUAAUAAAAAAAAUGAGGCAGGUAUCAUACUGUAAAUUGCC